GAUGGUUGAUGGAAAUAUAUAUAUAUAUUAUAUAUAUAUAUUUACUCAGCUUACGCCAUUGAUUUCCGACAGCGAAUUUUAACCAAAAGCUAUUGUUAAAAUGUUCCAAAACAGCGCUGCUCGUCUCCUGGUGCCCGCUAUCCGUAGCGCCAUGCAGAGCCGUUGCCAGUCGGUUGUCUCCGGCCCACCAACGAAGCACGUCUCCACCGCCGAGAAAGUUAUCCUGGGCGGCGGCAUGUGUGCUGCGUCUCUGUUCAUCCCUGCCUGGGUGCUAUACCAUAUUCGGGAUUACAAGGGCGAGAAGUAAUCUUCCAGCUCCAUCCGACACAUAUAGUUAAUACCCAUGUAAAGUAAAGAAUGGUGUUUUCGAGAACCAAAAAUAAACAAAAGUGGAUUGAACCUUAA